AUGCUGCCGGGGUGGGCGAUCGCGGCCGCCAUCGCCCGGGCAGAGCCCCCCAAACCACGCGGGGACCCCCGGCCCGUGGGUGCGGGGGUGGGUCCGCGGUACCCCACAGCCGCUCCCGGGGCCCCCCCCGCUCCCGGGGCCGCCCCCCAGCCCGGCCCCUUCCGCCGCCGCCAUCGGGCCCCGCCCGGAGAUGCAGAGGUCCCCACAGCCCCAGGGAGCCCCGGGGGUCCCCGCUCCUCCCGGGGCCCCCCACAGCCCUGGCAGUCCCCCCGGGCCCCCUGUGCUGACUGUGGGGGCCGGAGCAGCCCCAGGACGGGACCCUUUGGGACCCGGGAGGUGCUGCAGUCCUGGGGUGACCUGCGAGGGGUGCCCAGCGAGGGGUCGGUGCUGCCGGCUCCCCUGAGCCCCCCGCUGUCCCCCCAGGGGGUGCCCCCCGACGUGUCGUUCGAAGAGGUGGCCAUUUACUUCUCCCCCGAGGAGUGGGCAGAGCUCCUGCCCUGGCAGCGGGCGCUGUACCGAGAGGUCAUGGCUGACAACUACGACCUGGUGGCCAGUCUGGGCUCCGUGUCCAAGUUCACUGACAUGAAGGAGGAGUCGCCCGGGGAGGUCCCCUGUGCUGGGGGGGACAGCAGAACUUCUGACGCCUCCAGCACCGUUGCCCAGGACGGUUCCGCCAGUGAGGAUGAUGACGGGGGACGCUGGGAAUUGGGGUUUGGAGCCCCCCGCUCCGGCUGGAGCGACACCGCCCCGGGGGGCUGUGCCGGGGACCCCCCUCGGGAGGAGCCGGGGCCGCCCCCGUGUGACGGGCUGGGGCUGAGCUGCGGGGCCGAGCCGGGGGGUGCCCGGGCCGAGCCCCCCGCCCCGGGCCCGCCGUUCGUGUGCGGGACCUGCGGCAAAGCCUUCCGGCACCGCCGCAACCUCCUCACGCACAAGAGGCUGCGCGGGGGGAACCGGGCCCGGCACGGCUGCCCCGAGUGCGGCCGCGCCUUCUGCCUGCGCGGGGACCUGCUGCGGCACCGCGGCUCGCACCGGGGGCGGCCCGGCUGCCACCAGUGCCCCCAGUGCCCCCAGUGCCACCAGCACCCCCAGUGCCCCCAGCACCCCCAGUGCCACCAGUCCGCGGGCACCUCCGGCUGCACCGCCGGGCACACGCCGGGCACCGGCCCUUCCCCUGCGCCCGCUGCGGCCGCGCCUUCGCCUCGCAGGCCAACCUGA